AACCACAGGCUUCUUAAAAAGUCCAUCCUUGGAAUUCCCUUUUGGCGCAGCAGGUUAAGGAUCCAGUGUUGUCAUUGCAGCAGCUCAGGUCACCGCUGUGGCGCGGGUUUGAUCCCUGGCCCAGGAAUUUUACAUGCUAUGGGUGCAGCCAAAAAAAAAAAGUCCAUCCUUGAACUAUAAUUAAGAAUUGUUCUCAGCCUCGCUGGCUGCUCUGAAAAGCCAUCUUUGCAUUGUUCCUGUGUCUGGCUCUCUGUUCGCCACAGCCACUUCUGCCACCACAGCUUUGUUGCCAGAGUCCUUGGACUCCCACUUUCUUUUUAAUCUGCUGCAUCGGACCACUGGCCUGCCCCAUCAUGUCAGAAGCCCAAGCCGUGGGUACCAGCUCCGAGAUCACCACCAAGGACUUACAAGAGAAGAAGGAAGUUGUGGAGGAGGCGGAAAACGAGAGAGAGGCACAUUCUGAAUGGAAUGCCAGUAAGAAAAUUGGGGACCAGGAGGCUGACAAUGAGGUAGACAGAGAAGAGGAAGAAGGUGGGGAAGAAGAGGAGCAGGAGGAGGAAGGUGAUGGUGAGGAAGAGGAUGGAGAUGAAGAUGAGGAAGCUGACGAAGCGAUAGGCAAACGGGCAGCCGAAGAUGAUGAGGAUGACAGUGUUGACUCCAAGCAGCAAAAGACCAGUAAGGAUGACUAGACAACAAAAAAGGAAGAGUUAAACUUUAAAAAAAAACCAAGCAAAACCCAUCAUGACCUCUCUACCCUCCACUUUUCAAUUUCACAAAUUCCUAAACGUGGUCAUCUUCAAGUAGAGAGUCCUGCCUGCCUGCCUGCCUGCUUGCCUACCAACCACGGGCAGUGCCACCUACAGAUGGCAUAUGCUCUCCACCACCCAACCAAAACCACUGUGUGAAUUUGCAGUGGCAGGAAAGAAAGAACCAAAACUUUCAAGGCCCUGCUUUUUUUCUUAAAGAACUUUAAAGAGGAAACUUUGUCCUUUUUAUUUACAUUUUAUAUUUUUGUACCUAUUGUGAAGGGUGAGCCAUUUUUAAUGAUCUCGGAUGACCAAACCAGCCUUCCUGUCCUACUUCUAACUUUACUUGCGAUGUGACCAUGUUCAUUAUAAUCUCAAAGGAGAAGAAAAACCUUGUAAAAAAAGCAAAAAGAACAACAA